AUGUCCCCUUCCCCUUCUCUAUCACUCACAUGUCCGGCCGGGUGUGGUUCAGCUCCACGGACGAGGCAUCCAAUCGGUGGGAUCGGCUUCGGCGACAGACCGAAUAAACGCGACAAAGUGACAUCACGUCAACUGGAGAAAUGCACAGUCAAUGAUGAUGUAACCUUGACGCCGGACGCCAAGACGAACGCCCAGCAGGCCCAUAGGAUACCAGCCAGUUGCAUGUUCCGCUUGAGGCAGCGUACAGGAGCCCUUAGAACCAGACUCUGGUGUCCUGAUCGACUUAGAGCCAUAUGUGGUUCAUCUCAUCUAUGGUUCACUUCAUCUAUCUUUACCCUGUUGCCCUGUCAAGUAGUGGCCAUUGGAGGGGAACUAGCGACGAGCAAGCGCCCGCUGGAGUGGUACCAGUGGCGGGUCCUGAAAAGUCAAGCUGGCUAG